ACGAAGGCUGCCUUUUUUGCCAUCAACUCGAUCGUGCUCCUGCCUCGUGCGUACGUAUAUGCAUCAAGCCGGCGGGCGGCUCUACGCUUGUGAGCUUCGGGAGGAUAGCUUCUACAUACUGCUCUGUUGUGUGCUCAGGCAUUUUUUGAUCUGCAGGUAAUCCAGACGUGACUGCAUCAUCGACAUCAUCGGAAAGUACGAGUCAGGGCUCCGCCAACAUCCCCCUAGUCACGAGAUGAAGACUUGUAAGACGGCAUCUAUGUGCACCCCAGCGGAGGAGUCUCAAGGCAUACAUGUGUUUGAUAUCUUGGGUUACAGCAAGCACAAGGGCAUGGGCCACCAUGUGGACAGCCACAUACGCUCAGGGGUUUUCUCUGUCGGCGGCCAUGACUGGGUAAUCUUCUUCUUCCCUGACGGUUAUACUGAAUAUGACCUGGAUUACAUCUCAGCUUUUCUCGUGCUUUGGAGCAACAACACUAAAGUCCGGGCAUCCUGCGAUAUGAGGCUGGUUGAUCAGUACACCGGAUUCUCAUCUUCGGUGCAUAAAACAGGACCUAGAAUUUUCAAUUCUGGUGAUAUUAGCAAGUUUGCUCCACAGACUACUUGUUUCAUAACGCACAAUGAGAUCGAGGGAUCCGCGUAUCUUAGGGAUGAUCGCCUGACGAUCGAAUGCGUCGUCACUGUUUUCCACAAACCACAUGUUACCGAAACAAAAUCAUUCCCUAAAAUCGGCAUGCCACCAGCUGACAUGACCGAGGAUGUUGCCAAGCUGUUGGAAGAGAAGAAGGGAUUCGAUGUCAGUUUUAUUGUCGCGGGAGAGACCAUUGAAGCCCAUAGGUUUGUUCUCGCUAUGCGGUCACCAGUUUUCAAAGCAGAGCUCUAUGGGUCGAUGCAGGAGGCGAAGUCGGGGCAAUGCAUAACCAUCAAGGACAUGCAAGCUGCUGUUUUCAAGGCCCUGCUCCAUUUCAUCUAUACGGACUCUUUGCCUAGCCGUGAGGAUACUGAGAUGGUUCGGCUUCUACUAGUGGCUGCAGACAGAUAUGCAAUGGAUAGGCUCAAGCUGGUUUGCCAAAGCAUACUUUGUGAGGAUCUGAACAAGGACACUGUGGCAAUCACAUUAGCUUUAGCUGACCAACAUAACUGUCACCAGCUUAAGGACGCUUGUCUUGAAUUUAUCGAAUUAUCAAAUUUCACGGAUGCUUUGGUGGCUACACAACGGUUAAAAGAUAUCAAGAAGACUUGCCCAUCUUUCAUAGUGGAGGAAUUGGAGAAGAGAAAAAAGCUUCCUAAAGCAUGAGCAGCUACAAAAGGUAGAUCAGCUAAAUUUCUCAUACCAAUUCGUCGUAGGAAUGAUCAGGCCAUUGUUAGAUGAAUCUAAGACUGGUUAGGAGAGAUAUAUGAUGUCAUGAAAGUUCCCCUAAUCAACCCGUCCAGAACUGAACUUCUUAUUUCUCUGCAACUGUGUAACACUUGCUCUUAAUCUUCUGCCAAAUUUUCC